AGAGAUUUAACAUCAAAUAAUAUUUUAUUGGAUAUCAAAAAGAAACUUGUUCCAACUAUGCGUUACACUGUUGACGAUAUUACCUGUCUAGUAUCUGACCUCGGUCUAAGCGCCAACUUUGAAGAAUCUCUAAACUAUAAAAUGGGUGGUGGUUUUUAUCCCUACUUGGCACCCGAAAUUUGGCGUCAAGAUUCAAUUUGCACAACCCAAUCCGAUAUUUAUGCAUAUGGCCUACUCUUGUGGGAGCUAUUCUCCUAUGUCGAACCACACACCAAUUUAGAAAAAAAAGAUUCAAUCUAUCGUUUAACAGACUUUAAGAAUAUGGUUUUAAAUGGCUACACACCCAAAAUACCCCCAUCUGCAGAUUCAAACUGGUGUGAAUUAAUCAGACGUUGUUGGCACAGUGAUCCCAAUAAAAGACCUACAUUCUCUUAUAUUUUAAGAGUUUUGGAACAACCCCGUAAUCCUCUUUCACCAAACUCGAUCGAAGAAAUACUUGGACCAAUUGAUCUUCAAAUUUCAAUUGACAAAUCAAAUGAUUCAAAUAAUUCAGAUUCAUCACACCCUUAUGGUGGUUAUGGUUAUGUUGAUUAAAAAAUAAUAAUAUCAAUUAAUUAAAUAUAUUAAUUAUUUUAAUAUAGCAAUUAAUAUAAAUCAUUAUUUAUUAUUUUAAUUAAUAAUAAUAAUAAUUUUUUUUGUAAAUAUAAUAAUAAAAAUAAAAAUUUUCUUAAAAAAUAAAAUAAAAAAUAAAAAUUAAUC